AUGUCUGCCAAUGAAAUGCGAGCCGAACCUGAGCACCAAGGCCAGAGCCUGGGCUCUCGACUCACCAAGAAACUCAGCAAGAGACUCUCGAUUAGCACUGGCUCUAAAGAGGGAGCGAAAGAAGGUGCCACCGCGAGCUCAAGCAAAGAGACUGCUGGCGAAAGUGGCAUUGGCCAGCAGGCUCUUAACAAGGGCCAGGAAAUCAAGGACCAAGCAAUGAAAGGAGAUUUUAGUGGUGCCAAGGACAUCUCCACUAAAGGAGAAAAUACCGAGAACACCAUCGGUCAAGGAGAUAUGAAAGGCGCCGCGGCUGGAAUCGGCUUGACUGGGGAUAAUGUCAACAAGAAAAACGCAGAGCAAGUUAGCAAGCGACUCGGAGGAUACAGACCGAGUAUCAGCCAUGGACCCCCCGAGUACAACGAUGAUAUUAAAAAAGGCCCCAUCACGAUGGGCAUCCAAAGAGACACUGGCCAGACAGGUCGCGGUGGAAUUGGGAGCAGCAGCAAAGAUGGAGGACUGGAUACCACCAAAAAGGAACUGGGCUCAACUCAGAUGGGAGACUCUCAGACUCGCCAAGGAACCAGUCAAAUUCAGAAGGAGCUCAGUCAAGCGCCAUCUGGCAUUGGGACAAGCCAGAGUCAGCCGGGCUUGAGUAAAGAUCAGCCAUCACUCAGUCAGAGUGAAAAGCCUCUCAGCUCGACUCAAAAAGGUCUAAGUCAAGGUCAAAAGGGAAUUGGACAGGGUCUCUCCAGCACAGGCAAAACUGCUGGCCCAACUUUUGGUGGCGAGGAAAUGAUGCAGCAAGAGCUUCGCGACCAAUUGGCUAUCGGUGAUGAUGUCUUCGGCAACCUAGGUGCGGGAAAAGCAGCCUCCAAGUCGGCAGCCAAAUCACCUUCAAAGCAAGCUGGCAAAGCUGGCUUCGGAGCCUUCGGAGGCGGAACUCUUGGCAAUAUCUUCCGCCGUGCAUCUGGUCAAGGCAAAUCGGCCAAGGGCAAUGUCACCAAAGAAAAGUCUUUACAGACAACUUCGCAGACCUCCCAGUCUUCUAAAACUACCGAGAAACACGGUAUCAGCCGAGGCACGAUUCCCGGAGCCGGAGCCGGAGCCGGAGCUGGAGCUGGUGUAGCUCUUGGCGGAAUGGGAAUGAAGCGUGCGAUGGACAAGGGUGGCAUCGAUCCGAAUGGCAUGGAGCAGACUGGUAUAGGCCAAACUGGCAUGAUCAAUACCGGCAUGACCAACACUGGUAUGGGCCAAACUGGUAUGGGCCAAACUGGUAUGGGUCAAACUGGUAUGGGCCAAACUGGCAUGGGUCAAACUGGCAUGGCCAACACUGGCAUGGGUCAGAGUGGUAUGAGUAAGAACGGCAUGCCUGCAACUGCCAUGAAUACCAACGGACAAGCCAGCACAUAUCUGUCUAAGCAUGGUGGUACCGUGCGAGGAGGCAAUGCUAUUAUGAGCGGCCCCAUCGAGUCUCCCAAGACUACCAGCUCAUCUGGCAAAGCUGGUGCAGCUGCAGCCACCGGAGUUGCUGGUGCCGCAGGCAUGGUUGGUAUGGCUGGCAUGCCCGGUCAAUCUGGCAUGACUGGAACUCGAGGAACAGCCCUCGAUGACGAUAACAUCCAAGGCCUUAGCAAGGACGCAUCCAGCCGGGGAUACUUGGGUGCUGCUAGUUCGACCACGACCAAUACCAGUGGGGUGUCCACCCGAGCUGUCCGGGGACUGAAUACCAACACUCACAAGAUUACUGUCCUUCAGGAUAAGGUCCAGGCAGUCUCACAAAAGUGCAAGACCCAGUUGGGCUUGUCCUCCGACAAGAUCAGUCAGCGUAGUCCGACUGUCGACAUCUUCUUCGACGCAGUGGCUUCCGAACGCCUGCGCUGGAUGCCUCGCGAUGGUAGCAGACUCGACUGCAGUCUCAGAUGGGCUUCUCGCUUGGCAUAUGCAGUCGAUGCGCUUCGUGAGUCAAUAGGACGUUUUGCCCCUGGUGCCGAUGCAGCAGCCCAGCUGAUCUGGGGCUUUGUGAUUCUGUUAUUGGAGUCUGACAUGGACAACACCGACCUCUUCGAAAGUGUCUUUGGCCGAUAUGGCCGCGUUGCUGUUGGUAUUUACUUGCUGCUUCAGUAUGAAUCUGCAUACAAGACGUCGACUAGUCUCCAGCCCGAAGCUGCUGCUGUGUUUUCGGACCUGCUGGAAAUGGUCUGUAACACUACAACCAGUUGCAUCGAGGGUUUCAAGGCCAAGGAAUCGAAUCAGCUCAUUGAACACAACGUUGACUCGGGCUUUGUCACCUACGCAAAACGAUACUCGACCCAUUGGAACGCGAUCGUCGAGGCUGCUACGUCCGAGCUGGUCAAGCAAAGCUCGCUGAUCUACUCGAGUCCUGAGCUGGGCAGUCUCCGCCAGUUCCUUGGUGUGCAGGAUCGUCCUCUCCAGUUCAUUCUUGAGUCUCGUCUGCACUCUCUUGCGGAAGGGUCCUUUGAGUGGUUCAAUAGUACUCUGUACGAUUUCUCUAUUGGCAAGUCUCCAGUUAUGCUGGUGACCGGCGGUGCAGGAUCCGGAAAGAGUGCACUCGCCCAGUGGACCGUUGAGCGUCUGCAGGAAUCAGCCGAACACGAUAGCUGGAAUGUCAUUCCGUAUACUAUCCGUGAGUAUUUCCCUUAUCCUAUAUUCGAAAGCAACAUACUGACUCGAAUAGGCGCUGACAUUCCCGUUGCAACCUUGACCCUGCGCAUCCUGAAAGGCAUCCUGCAUCAGAUGCUCGACCAUUGCGUCAGUGAUAAGCAGACCCAGGAGGCGAUUCUGGUUCAAGUUGCGAAGGCUGCGCAAGGAGCGCUGGAUGGCGCGGGCGACGCUGAGGUCGAGGAGUGCCUCUGGCGAGGCAUUCGUACUGGCUUAGCCUCGAACAUCCAGUAUAUGUUCGUCGUCGAUGGGCUUGAUCAGAUCAAGGGUGGAGCUACCGACGCGAUCAGUGUUCUGGACAACUUCACUGGAAUUCUGUCGGAGCAAAAUGCGGGCUCUAAGAUGAUUGCCUUCACAAGGCCACUCAGUUCGAAGCCACGAUCGACAAACAUUGAGCAAUUCCUGAUGCAAACCACGCAGACUCAGACUGACUUGGUCGCCUUUGUCAAAAAGAUGCUUUCUGGGUCGCACUUAGAUACCUCGAAGCAUGAUCAGCUCCAGUCUGCCGUGGCUGCUAUCGUCAACCGCUCCCAGGGAUCCUUCAGCUGGGCCGAGAUGGCUGUCGAGUAUGCCAAGCAGCAGAGUACUUUAACACAAGCCGUUUCCUCUGUCCAAAGCCUGCCCCAGCCCAUGACUGAGCUGCUCGAUUUCCACAUGAAGAACCUUGACCUUAGCCAGCACGAGGCAUUGUCUAUCAUGUCGUGGCUAGCUGCAUCUGAGCGGCCCCUGCUUGUCGAAGAAAUUGAAGAGCUUCUUCGCGUGGAUUCCAAGGGACCAAGCUUUAUGUCACGCAAGAGCAACACUAAAAAUCAGUGGUCCAGCGCGCUUCGUCCUCUUGUCAUGACCCGUGAAGGUGUUGUUUCGUUUGCGCAUACUUCCAUCCGCGAUCAUGUCAUCGGCCAGGCCAGAUCUGCUAGUGUCAAAUCGCCACUCAAUCUCAAGGAAGCCCACUUGGAUCUUCUUAUGAGGUGCCUUGGCUGGGUGCAACUGAGCGUUCGUGAAGAGACAGAGAUCUCGAUGGACAAGCUGAACAUGGAAGAACGUAACCACCUCUUUGACAAAUACGUCAUCCUGGAGUAUACCGGUCGUUACUGGCUCUCUCACCUUUUGUCAUCACCCCUUGUGACUGAUGAUGGCGAGUUCCAGUUCACAACAAACUUCCAAAAGCUACUGCCCGCGACCGUCCUCUUUGCUCGUCUCGAACUGACUUGCAAGGAGUCGCAAUUCACUCGCUCGAGCGUCGUGGAGCUGUAUCGUCUCGCGACCGACAUUCGUCGCCAGGUUCUGGGUGAGAAGUCUAUGGGACUUCUCGAGAGUCUGCUUCUCAGUGCUCGUGUAUCCAAGCUGGCUCACGCUAGCUAUGCCGAUGAGCAUUGCUACGAGGCCUGGAGACUUAGCCAAGAGCUGCUGGGCCAGUCUGACCCAAUCACUCUGAACUGCGCCGAAAUGAUGACACAGUCGUUCAGUGAGCGAGGUACCAUGACUGCUCAGCAGGAGGACAUCAUGAAAUAUCUCAUCUUGACUGACUCUGAGAUUACUGGGGUCGAGUUCAAUCAACGAUUGAAGUACCUCGGUAUGAUCGUUGGCAUGUACAAGUCUCGUGGCGACAACAGCUCUGCACUCCUCAUCUCGAAGCAGUUCUACCAGCAGAUUCUUGAGAAAUACGGCACCAAUUCGAGACAAUCCUCCGAGGCUGCUGAUUUCCUGACAAGUCAGUUCUCGACUACUGGAAGUGACGAGAUGAGUCGGGACAUUGCGAGAACCAAGUAUGACAAUGUUGUCCGCACCAUGGAGGUCACGGACGAGCGCCGCGUCAAGUACUCCGUGUACAUGGCUCAACUUUACGAGCAGCAGGACCAACCUGACCAAGCAUCGUCGGUUCUGUCAAGCCUCUGGGCCGGCCUCAAUGCGCGCGAUAUCGACUCCGUUGAUAUGAUGGACAAGAAGGCCAACGUCGCUCUUGUCUACUACCAGUAUCUCCGUCGACAAGGUCGCAACGACGAGGCUGAAGUUAUUAUGCGCGAGCUCGUUGCAGACCUAGAAGUAUCUGGUAUUCAGUCACCAGAGAUGAUGCAGCGUGUGCAGCUUCUUCGUGCCGAGACUCGUGAGAUGCAAAUGUACAACCUGGACCGGUCUCUGUCUAUCCUCAUGUGGCGCUACUACAAGCAAAAUCAUCUGGAGUACACGACCGAAGCCAGAGAUUUGGCGAUGUCGCUUGCUGAGAGCAUGGCUAAUUCGGUCUCCAUUGAAGACAACGAUCUGAUGUCUGGAAGCGAUCGUAAGCUCAUGGUCGAGCUCCUCGAUUCCAUCACCUCUUCGCCCAACAACAUUUCUGUGCCCACUUUGAUUCUCUGCCACAAUCUCUCGAGUAUCUAUGUGCGCGAGGAUGACUGGAACGAGGCAAGCGAUUGCGCCAAGGCUGUCUUGCAGCAUGUCUAUCCUUCAGUUGAGCGGCCUGGCUCUCACAAGAAGUUCACGACCGAACUGGCACCUCCCGUUGCCGAUUUGGCUUUAGUUCUCGCCUAUUGCCAUUUCCGAAAACUGCAUCUUGAGCAGGCCACCACCGUCUACGAGAAUGCCUUUGCAUCUCUGGUUGUCUCGGACAAGGUGCCCGUUGCUUCUGUUCUGGCUGUCGCCAAGCCCGUCGUGGAAUUCUACGAAACGACCUUCCAGUUCACCAAGGCACUUACUCUUCUCCAUACGGUCAGCAACUUCUUGACUUCCAGAUUGGGUGAGACGCACAAGCACACCAUUGACAAUAUGUACCUGGAAGCUGCAUUGGCAACCCGCCUGGAGAUGAACAAUGAGGCCAAGAGCACAUAUCAGCGCAUCUACAAGAAUACCCUUCGUGGCAACACGAUUGCACCGGAGGGUAUGGAAGCGGCACUUUCCCUUAUCAAUCUUUAUGAGAAGGAGAUGCAAUGGAGUUCCGCGCUGGACGUCUACCGACACGUUUGGCCUACUGUCGUUGUGCAGGACAACAUGCAUGACUAUGAUCGACUGCAGACGGAGCGUCUACUUGAAAAGACCUACAUUGGCUACAUGACUAUUUUGACCACCCACAUGAAGAGCUCCGACUUCUCUGAGAGAUACAAGGUGUCCUCUGAGUACGUUACGACUUGCCGCAAUGUGUAUGGUCCCACGCACCAGAAGACACUCAGUGCAACUCUCCUCUUCGCUGAGCUAUGCGAGACUCACGACUCGUACAUUGAUCAGGCCAUCGCGCUGUACAAGCAGCCUCUGCAGACGAGCGAAUGGGUACCUACCUCACAGGCUUCCAAGAGUCUGGACCAGAUGACCCAAGCACUGCCGAUUACUUUGAAGCACAAGCUGGCUCAGCUGUUUGUUCGCAAGCGUGACUCCACUAGUGAAGCUCGCUUACUGUACACCGAGGAGUUCCAGCUCGGCAAGAAGACUCAGGGCUAUUUCUCAACCACCACGCUGUCCUGGCUCCGUGAGCUUGCUCUCGCUCACUCCCGGCAGGGUACACCAACUUCUGUCCAGCAGGGUAACGCUCUCCUCCACAACUAUUUAACCGAUUGCCUGCAUGCCGGCGGCGAUUCCGACAUGAUGGCCGACUGGGCACGCAGAAUUGCAGCAAUCUAUCUUGAGUGCGGCUUCAUCGAAGGAGGAAACAACGUUCUCGACGAGCUACGUCAACGCGUCGUCUACGGCUCCGAGACUUCUGCCAUUGCCAUUCACGAGCGCCGAGACGCGGUAUUCGUGUCUUCCUUUGAAGAGAGUUUCGGUCGUCGUGCCACCUCCGAUCAAAUCAUGGAUGAGAUGACUCGCGAAAUGCAGACCCAACAGGCAUUUGCGAAGAACUUGUCCGGUCACGACUUCAUUCCGACAUUGAUCUCUGGCGAUCGCCUGGCUCGUCUGCAGAUGGAGCAGAAUCGCACUCGGGUUGCGAUGACUACUCGCAGCAAGUUGUACGAGUACUUCUGCGCCACGUUAUCUGCUACGCCAAUUGCUGACCGAGACGCCGUCAAGCAGUUCUACAAGGUCUGUCUCCGGGAAGUGCAUAACGAGAAUUACAACAAGAACAUUCUCAACACGACCACCAAAAUGGUUCGCGACUUUUGCAAUCAAUCCCGUUUCCAGGAUGCAAGUGAUGUCACGGGCGUGCUGCACUCAUUCCUCCAUCUCACCGACGGACUGAACAACUACGACAACAUCAUCACCGCUACAAAGCUAUGCCUGUAUCUCAGCGGCCACCAAGCAACCAAGUGCGAGAACCCAGCCCUCCAAGCCGAAAUGUCCGCCAAAGCCAAGAUUCUCCUCCAAGAACUCAUGGCCUCAUCCAAGGCCAUCGGCAUCGAAAUCGUCGAUCUCCCAUUCCCCGAUUUGAACGAUAUCAUCACCCUCCUCGGCGAACACGAGAUGUUCGACGAUCUGGAAGGUAUCCUCACUCAACUGUGGACAUCGCGUAUCGUCCAGCGCACCUGGACCCCCGACGUCGUCGUCUGGAUUGGACGUCGACUCGUCGAGACGCGCUUCUGUCGUGGCUCCGUCGAUUCAGCGAUCCAGUUGUGCCGCGAUAUCUGUUACAACCUGCGCCAGGUGUGGGGAUCGUGUGACCCCGUUACUCUCGAAAUGACCAAGCUGUUGUCGGGACUCUUCACCGCAUCGAAUGAUCACAAGUCUGCGGCUGCGUUGCACGAAGGUGCCCUGCACGAUUUGAUGGGUGAUGCCAAUGCGAAGAGUCAUCCUCGUGCGGCGGAUACCGCUUCCCAGCAUAUAGAGCUGCUUCGUCGGGCACAGUCUCGUUUGGGAACGCCCAAGAGUGAUUCUACCAAAGCUUCUGCCCAUGCAGAUCUCAUAUCGCAAGUGACUGAUCGAUUUGGUUUGCAGUCGGAGCAGAUUGAGGGUGUGGGUGAUGCGAAUGGUGGUGAAAUGUUCGGUGUCUGGUCUCGACCUAGACGGUUCAGUAUUGAUGUUGAGGAUCUGGAUGACCAGGGACAGGCUCAUCAUAAUCAUUUGCGGGAGUUGAGUGGAGCCGGUAUGACUAAUGGUAGUGGUGCACCGAGAAGGAUCUCGGUGCAGGCACUGUGA